AUGCCAAUUACCGAAGAAUUUCAUAAGCUCGCCCAUGCGAAGCAUCGCAAACGUGUCGCCGAGGCAAAGGCCAUUGUGGACCAUAAGUCACCCAUUCUACACGUUGGCAAUUUUUCAAGAUUUUCUAAAUUAAAAGACGAUGUGAUGACAUUUGUUGAGCGGAAUAAGGCAAAUGCUGAACUAUUGGUUCGUAUGAAUGAGAUUUUUCGUACCCGCGGUGUGACGGAUUCAUUUCGUGUCAAAGAAACGGCAUUAGCUGCCACGAAUUUGCCAAUACGUUUGAAGGAGUUGCAUAAAAUCGAAAUGGAAAAUAUGAAAAUGGGUAAAAGGAUUUUAUGUACUACAAAGGAGCUGGACACAUGGCAGGAUGCAGCGAAAUUAAGGAAAUCGAAGACCGCCAAAAGUCAUCAUGGGAAAUUCCUCGUUCCCUAUGGCAUUUUAAAGAAAUAUUCUCAAUUGAAACUGCCACAAGAUCACAAGGAACUGAAAGUGGUUUUAAGACCCAAGGUGUGGUUCGAUUUGGAAGUGAAGAACAUUCGCCCCCUGGGACGCAUUGUCCUGCAGCUCUAUACCGAAGCUGCUCCCGGUGUGGUUUUGGAAUUUAUAAAGUUGUGUAGUAGCGGGGUCGAUAAUCAACGUUUGUCUUUUGUUCGCCUUUUCCCUUCCUUGUGGUUGGAGGGUAAUUUGCGGUUGCCGGAUAAAACUUUAAUAUCCCGCCCAUUGGAAUAUGAUAAGCGGGCCAUGGAUCAUGGCAAAUAUGCUGGCAUUCUUUCGUUCUCUUUGGACCAUUUGAAAUAUCACAAGAGGGGCUUAUUUUAUUUUUCCAUCAGUUUUAAACCGCUUGUGGUGCUGAAUGGUCGACGUAUUGGUUUUGGUAGGGUGGUAGAGGGUUUGAAGGCCAUGAAAUCGAUUGAUGUUUAUGGUACAAAAAAUGGUAAACUAACUAAGGAAAUUGUUGUCUCGCAAUGCGGAAUCGUUAAAUAA